UUCAGCUGCACGCUGGGACCUGUGGCUUUCCUCUCUCAAGCAUGGGGUAAGUGCGCCUGGCAGGGGGGACAAUGAGUCGGCUGUUCCUGCUUUGUAUUGCCCUGUGCCCAGACCUGCUUGGAGACAUCACAGAUUUCUAUGAAGUGAUUGUAGCAGAUAGAAUAACCAAUGGAAGUUGCAUUGGACAGGACCCAAUCGGUACUUACAACCCUGCGUCAGAGACUAAAUGUAACCUCCUGAACCUGGAUUUAAUGCCCAAUGCCUUCGAUGACCAGUACCAAGGCUGCGCUGAAGAACUGGAGAUGAACAUCAUGCCAAAGGUCCUUAAGAUGGAAAUAUCUCGGAACCCUGUGUUCGGGCUGGCUUGGAAACGAGCAGAAAAAGAUUGGAAUAAAGUGAAAUCUACUUUGCGCCUUCCCCAGGGAUUUACAGAUCCUUUAGGGACUGCAAUUCGGGUUUAUACCACGGACUGGCCAGAGGGGAACCCACUUUACAAAGCCUUUAAUGGCAAUGUGAGCAUGGCUGGGAAGUCCAGGGGACACUACAUGGAGCACUUCAACUUCAAAGCUCUUCACUUCUACCUGACCAGAGCCUUGCAGGUGCUCAAACGGAACUCCAAGAGGCGAUACCGCACCUACAGGGGAACAGAUGACUCCUAUGAGGUAUCUGAGGAGGUUCUGCGCUUUGGCAGGUUUACCUCGUCCUCACUGAACGUAGAGGUGGCUAAAGAGUACCACAAGGGACUUUUAUUUGAGCUGACAACCUGUUUCGGGGUGGAUAUCCACAGGAUUUCCUUUUUCCCCAAAGAGAGAGAAGUUCUCAUCCCCGUGGCAGAGAAGUUUCAUUACUUGGGGAGGAGGGAUAAUGUCUAUGUCAUGAACAGCACCUGCCAGCUGUGCACUUACUUUAACUGUGCCUACUUAGGAGAGGAAAAGCGAGAAGUUCCUGUUUGCAUCUCUGGUCACCAAUGAGAAUCUUGACUCAAGUCUCUACACUCCCCCCCCCCAUUCCUGCUUGACCCAGCCCAUUUCAUUACUUCCAACAGAUCAGAGUGGAGUAAAGAAUCUGUACAUGAGUUCACAGCUAAAGAUGUUGGAGCGAGAUGAUGGUCAGACUUACUGUACCGCAUCCAGCAAGAUCCCGGUACAAGAAGAUUCUACAUUAUAAUCAUAAAUGUCUUGUCAAUAAAAUCUUCUUUUAAUUUUAUAAUUAAA